CUAAAGUGUAUGUGUGUAUCAUUGUUACAAGUUACAGGUUCCGGGGUCUGGCGCUCCUUGCGGUAGGAGUCCGGAAAAAUCCCUACGUUUUGACCUGUUUCGCUUGCCCUUUCGAUCUUUUCCGUCAUAUAGUCUCCUUCAACUUUCAAGCUUUGUUGACCCCAUUUCCUUCCACCGGGCCUAUCAUUUCUCUUUCCUUUCCACUGUCUUUACAGUAAUCAUGUUGAUAGGCUUAUGCGGAGCCAUCUGUUCUGGGAAGCAUUCCGUCGCAAAUUAUCUCAUUCAGGAGGAGGGAUUCCGACUUCUUAAAUUGAAAGAUGCGGACUCUCCUCAAGUAACAGACGAACCCGACGGCGACCGUCAACAGCAGGCGCUCGAGUCUGCAGGGAAUGAGAGUAGUCCAUCGUCGCAACUGGUAUUUGAUGAUUCUAAAUCCCUCUUAGACUUUGUAACCAAAAGAUGGCAAGGCCUUUGGGUCACGACAGACAUUCGGGACAUCACCAUCUUAGACCGUUUCCUUCAGCGCCCAUUCUUCCUUCUGGUGAGCGUUGACGCGCCGAUGAGCCUGAGAUGGAAGCGACAUGUGGACAGGCCUGAACCCCUCGUUUACCUUACGAUGCCAUUGUGCCACAAGAGACUUCUUGAAUCUCCGUCUCUGGAGGAAUUUGUGCUAUGGAACGACAAAAAUCUUUACGAGAAAGGCGUCGGACGCGCAUAUUUCACUGAUGGGGCACAAGUUCGGUUGUUCAACUCGUCUUCCUCGUUGAAAGAACUGCAUGCAGCUCUCAAGUCGCUCCGUCUUGCUGACGAACAGCGGUUACGUCCCAACUGGGAUCAGUAUUUCAUGGAGCUAGCAUCCCUAGCCUCUCAGCGGAGUAACUGCAUGAAGCGAAGGGUUGGGUGUGUGCUUGUCCGCGACCGCCGUGUCAUUAGUACAGGGUAUAAUGGAACGCCAAGGCACAUCAAAAAUUGCAAUGAAGGUGGCUGUCCAAGGUGCAACCGCGGUGAGGGUGGAGGCUUGGGUUUAUCAACUUGCCUAUGCCUUCAUGCUGAGGAGAAUGCGCUGUUAGAAGCUGGAAGAGAGCGCAUACGCGAAGGUGCAAUACUCUAUUGCGAUACGUGCCCUUGUUUAACAUGUACCGUCAAAAUUGCACAAGUGGGUAUAUCUGAAGUCGUAUAUUCACAAGGAUAUAAUAUGGACAAUGAUAGCGCUGCAAUUUUGAAUUCUGCCGGCGUAAAACUCAGGCAAUUCUCUCCGCCUCGAAAUGGGCUUGUUUACCUCGAAAAUUCCGAGAAUCCCAAGUAGAUUGCUGGCACAAGAUACUUGUCUCACUUGGAUCAUUCGAACCAGGUUUAAGCACUCUCAGAAGUCAACGAUGUGGAUUCGUCAUGGGAGCACAGAGGAAAGGUCUAAAUUGAUAAUUAGAAAGCCCUUUUCAGGACUGCUAUCAUGUGCUAGAACCAACGGCGAACACAAUUAUCCAGCUACCUUUUUACCUCUCCGUCACUUAUCAGGUCAAAUCUGGACGGCUCUACUGUCAUCCAUCAUAGUGCUACUCUGUACUAUGAACUAUAUGCAAGUCGUGAUGGUGAAAUUGUUUGAUGCCAAGUUUCUAAAUAAGUUACACACGAAGUGGCAAGCCGCCAAUCAAUCACCUUCAUUACUACGUGUUAUUGUAAUGCACUCUUCUAGGGGAAAAAGUCAAGACAAGACCAUAAGGCCAUCAUUACCCGCAGAUACUUCUGCGGACCCCUAGAGUCCCCUAUAUACUCAGGUAC